ACACGUCAAUGAUCCUCGUGAAAAAUUCUAAUCCAAUAAACUACGUUUGCUCCUUCUCUAUAAAGUCUAAAAGCCUCGAGAAACCUAUCAUCACCAUUCACCACUAAACUACUUCAACUUCCUUUUCCCGUGAAAAUCAGAAACAAAAUUCACCAUGGCACCAAGAGCCGAGAAGAAGCCCGCCGAGAAAAAACCCGCGGCUGAGAAACCGGUGGAAGAGAACAAGGCCGCCGAAAAAGCUCCGGCGGAGAAGAAACCCAAGGCGGGGAAGAAAUUGCCACCGACGAAGGAGGCCGGCGACAAAAAGAAGAAGCGAUCGAAGAAAAACAUCGAAACCUACAAGAUCUACAUCUUCAAGGUGUUGAAGCAAGUUCAUCCAGAUAUCGGGAUUUCGAGCAAAGCCAUGGGGAUUAUGAACAGCUUCAUCAACGACAUCUUCGAGAAGCUAGCUCAGGAAUCUUCGAAGCUCGCAAGGUACAACAAGAAGCCGACAAUCACAUCUCGCGAGAUCCAGACGGCUGUUAGACUCGUCCUCCCCGGUGAACUCGCUAAACACGCUGUCUCUGAAGGUACCAAGGCGGUGACCAAGUUUACUAGCUCUUGAAGAGACCCGGUUAGGGUUUUCAGGGAUUUCAAUUUCGGUUUGGUUUUUAGUACUAUCUAGGAAAUUAGAUGCUUCUCUGCUUAAAGUUCGUAUUUUGUGGCUCUGUAAACUAGGAGGAAGAGAUGAUUGUUCCUUUUUAUGAAUUUCAAUGAUGAAUUAUAUAUUAUAAUGUUUUUUCUUUUCAA